UAUAUAAUAUGUACAGUGCAUUCUGAAAGUAUUCAGACUCCUUCGCUUUUUCCACAUUUGUUACGUUACAACCUUAUUCUAAAAUGGAUUAAAUGAAAAUUUUCCUUGUCAGUCUACACACACAAUAAAUACCUCAUUAUAACAAAACGAAAACAGGUUUUUUAGAAAUGUUUGCAAAUAUCUUAUGUAAAAUGUUGUUUUUUUUAUUCUUAAGUAUUCAGACCCUUUGCUAUGGGACUUGAAAUUGAGCUCAGGUGCAUUUCUGUUUCCAAAAACAAAACUGAGCAAUCUGGGAAGAAGGGCCUUGGUUAGGGUCAUGACCAAGAACCCAAUGGUCACACUGACAGAGCUCCAGAGUUACUCUGUGGAGAUGGGAGAACCUUCCAGAAGGACAGCCAUCUCUGCAGCCCUCCACCAAUCAAGCGUUUAUGGCAGAGUGGCUAGACGGAAGAUACUCUUCAGUAAAGACACAUGAAAGCCCGCUUGAAGUUUGCCAAAAGGCACCUAAAUGACUCAGACCAUGAGAAACAAGAUUAUCUGGUCUGAUGAAACCAAUAUCGAACUCUUUGGCCUGAAUGCCAAGCGUCACAUCUGGAGGAAACCAGGCACCGUUCAUCACCUGGCCAAUACCAACCCUCCUUGUAAAGCGUGGUGGCAGCAUCAUGCUAUAGGGAUGUUUUUUAGGGACUGGGAGACUAGUCAGGAUCAAGGGAAAGAUGAACGGAGCAAGGUACAGAUCCUUGAUGAAAAUCUGCUACAGACUGCUCAGGACCUCAUACUGGGGCGAAGGUUCACCUUCCAACAGGACAACGACCCUAAGCACACAGCCAAGACUACGCAGGAGUGGCUUCGGGACAAGUCUCUGAAUGUCCUUGAGUGGCCCAGCCAGAGUCCGGACUUGAACCCAAACGAACAUCUCUGGAGAAACAUGAAAAUAGCUGUGCAGCGACACUCCCCAUCCAACCUGACAGAGCUUGAGAGGAUGUGCAAAGAAGAAUGGGAGCAACUCCCCAAAUACCGGUGUGCCAAGCUAGUAGCUUCAUACCCAAGAAGACUCGAGGCUGUAAAUCGCUGCCAAAAGGUGCUUCAACAAAGUACUGAGUAAAGGGUCUGAAUACUAAAUAAAUGUGAUGUUUUUGUAUUUUUAUACAUUUGCUCAAUUUCUAAACUUGUUUUUGCUUUGUCAUUAUGGGUAUUCAAAUAAAAUGUUAUUUGUCACAUACACAUGGUUUGCAGAUGUUAAUGCGAGGGUAGCGAAAUGCUUGUGCUUCUAGUUCCGACCAUGCAGUAAUAUCUAACAAGUAAUCUAACCUAACAAUUUCACAACUACCUUAUACACACAAGUGUAAAGGAAUGAAUAAGAAUAUGUACAUAAAAAUAUAUGAAUGAGUGAUGGCCGUACGGCAUAGGCAAGAUGCAGUAGAUGGUAUAGAGUACAGUAUAUACAUAUGAGAUGAGUAAUGUAGGGUAUGUAAACAUUAUAUAAAGUGGCUAGUGAUACAUUUAUUACAUCAAUUUUUCCAUUAUUAAAGUGGCUAGAGUUGAGUCAGUAUGGCUGUUGAACAGUCCGAUGGACUAGAGAUAGAAGCUGUUUUUCAGUCUCUCGGUCCCCACUUUGAUGCACCUGUACGGACCUCGCCUUCUGGAUGAUAGCGGGGUGAACAGGCAGUGGCUCGGGUGGUUGUUGUCCUUGAUGAUAUUUUUGGCCUUCCUGUGACAUUGGGUGGUGUAGGUGUCCUGAGGGCAGGUAGUUGCCCCCGGUGAUGCGUUGUGCAGACCUCACUACCCUCUGGAGAGCCUUACAGUUAUGGGCCUAGCAGUUGCCGUACCAGGCGGUUAUACAGCCUGACAGGAUGCUCUCGAUUGUGCAUCUGUAAAAGUUUGAGUGUUUUUGGUGACAAGCCGAAUUUCUUCAGCCUCCUGAGGUUGAAGAGGGGCUGCUGCGCCGCCUUCACCGCGCUGUCUGUGUGGGUGGACCAUUUCAGUUUGUUCGUGAUGUGUACGCCGAGGAACUUCCACCCUCUCCACUACUGUCCCGUCGAUGUGGAUAGGGGGCUGCUCCCUCUGCUGUUUCCUGAAGUCCACGAUCAUCUCCUUUGUUUUGUUGACAUUGAGUGUGAGGUUAUUUUCCUGAAACCACACUCCGAGGGCCCUCACCUCCUCCCUGUAGGCCGUCUUGUCAUUGUUGGUAAUCAAGCCUACCACUGUAGUGUCGUCUGCGAACUUGAUGAUUGAGUUGGAGGCGUGCAUGGCCACGUAGUCGUGGUGAACAGGGAGUACAGGAGAGGGCUCAGAACGCACCCUUGCAGGGCCCCAGUGUUGAGGAUCAGCGGGAUGGAGAUGUUGCUACCUACCCUCACCACCUGGGGGCGGCCCGUCAGGAAGUCCAGGACCCAGUUGCACAGGGCGGGGUCGAGAACCAGGGUCGGUACUAUGGUGUUAAAUGCUGAGCUGUAGUCGAUGAACAGCCGUCUUACAUAGGUAUUCCUCUUGUCCAGAUGGGUUAGGGCAGUGUGAUUGUGAUUGCGUCGUCUGUGGACCUAUUGGGGCGGUAAGCAAAUUGAAAUGGGUCUAGGGUGUCAGGUAGGGUGGAGGUGAUAUGGUUCUUGACUACUCUCUCAAAGCACUUCAUGAUGACGGAAGUGAGUGCUACGGGGCGGUAGUCAUUUAGCUCAGUUACCUUAGCUUUCUUGGGAACAGGAAAAAUGUGGCCCUCUUGAAGCAUGUGGGAACAGCAGACUGGGAUAAGGAUUGAUUGAAUAUGUCCGUAAACACACCAGCCACUGGUCUGCGCAUGCUCUGAGGACGCGGCUCAGGAUGCCGUCUGGGCCUGCAGCCUUGCGAGGGUUAACACGUUUAAAUGUUUUACUCACGUUGGCUGCAUUGCGACUCUACUUUGUCUCUAUACUGCCGCUUAGCUUGUUUGAUUGCCUUGCGGAGGGAAUAGCUACACUGUCUGUAUUCGGUCAUGUUUCCGGUCACCUUGCCCUGAUUAAAAGCAGUGGUUCGCGCUUUCAGGGAGCCUUGUUUUCAGAUUAGCCUUGUUAAAAUCCCCAGCUACAAUAAAUUCAGCCUCAGGAUAUGUGGUUUCCAGUUUACAUAGAGUCGAAUGAAGUUCUUUCAGGGCCGUCUGUGUCUGCUUUGGGGGGAAUAUACAUGACUGUGAUUAUGAUCGAAGAGAAUUCUCUUGGUAGAUAAUGCGGUCGGCAUUUGAUUGUGAGGAAUUCUAAGUCAGGUGAACAAAAGGACUUGGGUUCCUGUAUGUUGUUAUGAUCACACCAUGUCUCGUUAAUCAUAAGGCAUACACCCCCUCCCUUCUUCUUACCAAAGAGAUGCUUGUUUCUGUCGGCCUUGAUGCGUGAAGAAACCAGGUGGCUGUACCGACUCCUAUAGCGUGUCUCGAGUGACCCAUGUUUCCGUGAAACAAAGAACGUUACAGUCUCUGAUGUCUCUCUGGAAGGUAACCCUUGCUCGGAUUUCAUCUACCUUGUUGUCAAGAGACUGGACAUUGGCGAGUAGUAUGCUCGGAAGUGGUGUGUGAUGUACCCGUCUACGGAGCCAGACCAGAAGACCGCGCCAUCUGCCCCUUCUACGGCGCCGUUGUUUUGGGUUGCCGGCUGGGAUCCGAUCCAUUGUCCUGGGUGGUGGGCCAAACAGAGGAUCCGCUUCGGGACAGUUGUAUUCCUGGUCGUAAUGUUGGGGAUGUAUUUCGACAGGGACGAUGUGGCAUUGCGCAGCUUCUCUAGUUUUUUCCUGGAGCGCUCUGUGAAGGAGAGAGAGCAAGCAGAAAAAUUGCUGGAAUACCAGAAUAUGAGAGGCGGUCGCGUUCUCCUUCAGCCCAUCGCUAAACCCAGCAGGGAGGACUGGCGAGGUGGCCUGGAUGCCAUCACCUUCUCCCUGGAGUUUCAGAAAACCCUCAACACGUCCCUCCUCGAAGUGCACCGUGGUGCCAACACUCACACUGACCCCCAUCUGUGUGACUUCCUAGAGCAGCACUUCCUGUCCGACAGCCAUGACACCAUCAAGAUGCUGGGUGACCAUCUGGGCAGCCUGACCCGCCUCACUUCCUCCGAGACCCAUGGCUCCAUGGGAGAAUACCUGUUUGACAAGCACACCCUGUAAGACUCACAGCAAGAAGAGAGCACAGCUUUCACACAGGGUCUGGAGAGUUGCAUUUCCGUUACAAGUAGCACUAAAGUGGGAUUUAGCAAUAGAACCACAUACCUCUUACAGUACGUACAGAAAACAAUGCAAGACCAUGGAACAGUUGAAUACCUCAACACCCGUUUACCACUUCUGAUGUGAACAGUAGUUACCACUGACAAACAAAAAGGUGUAAUGGGUUCGCACUCAAAGAUAUGUCGCAUAAAGCUUACUAUUCAAUUUUAUUGAAAUUAUUUUCACUGCAUCAGGGAUAGCGUACAAAGACAUUUCGGCUUUACAUCCUUCAGUGUGUAGGUACAAUUUUAUUUUAUUUCGAAACCGCAUUUUUAGAGAACAACCGAUGAGCAGCAGGUACUUCUGAUCAGGGUUGCCACUCAUCUGCCAAUCAGGUAUGUGUCUUUGCUGGCCAACCUGUAUACAAAUUAGUCACAGAGUAAUACAGAAUUAUAGGGUAUGGGAGUGGGCACGAAGGGCAACCGCCCCAGGUGUCCGUUCACCUAAACAACUCUGGUGCUAUAAGUCAACUUGGUUUCUGCCAUAGAGUUGAUCAAGCAUUCCAGCAGUAAAUAUGCUUCAUUGUGUUGUGCAUUCCUACACACAGUGGGGCAAAAAAGUAUUUAGUCAGCCACCAAUUGUGCAAGUUCCCCCACUUAAAAAGAUGAGAGAGGCCUGUAAUUUUCAUCAUAGGUACACUUCAACUAUGACAGACAAAAUGAGUUUUUAAAAAAUCCAGAAAAUCACAUUGUAGGAUUUUUAAUGAAUUUAUUUGCAAAUUAUGGUGGAAAAUAAGUAUUUGGUCAAUAACAAAAGUUUAUCACAAUACAAUGUUAUAUUUUGGCCCAUUCCUCCAUGCAGAUCUCCUCUAGAGCAGUGAUGUUUUGGGGCUGUUGCUGGGCAACACAGACUUUCAACUCCCUCCAAAGAUUUUCUAUGGGGUUGAGAUCUGGAGACUGGCUAGGCCACUCCAGGACCUUGAAAUGCUUCUUACGAAGCCACUCCUUCAUUGCCCGGGCGGUGUGUUUGGGAUCAUUGUCAUGCUGAAAGACCCAGCCACGUUUCAUCUUCAAUGCCCUUGCUGAUGGAAGGAGGUUUUCACUCAAAAUCUCACGAUACAUGGCCCCAUUCAAUUUCCUUUACGCGGAUCAGUCGUCCUGGUCCCUUUGCAGAAAAACAGCCCCAAAGCAUGAUGUUUCCACCCCCAUGCUUCACAGUAGGUAUGGUGUUCUUUGGAUGCAACUCAGCAUUCUUUGUCCUCCAAACACAACAAGUUGAGUUUUUACAGGCCUCUCUCAUCUUUUAAAGUGGGAGAACUUGCACAAUUGGUGGCUGACUAAAUACUUUUUGCCCCACUGUAAUUCUUAAUCAGUGCUGUGUUACACCUAGUUUCAUUACUCCAAAAAUCAGCAUAUGAUCAAGGAUGUUCUCAAGGAUUUAAUCAACAGUUGUAUUUAAAUAAAAGUAACACUAUUGAUG